AUGGCCCACGGCUCCCCCACUGGACGUGUUGUGAAGUGGCAGGAAGAGGUUUCCGCCGCCACAACACAUCCUACGAUCUCUACUACCAGUCGAAUCCUGGAUUGGCGAGAGGAAGUCAACUGCCAAAACAUGAUGGAUGGCGACGAACUGCGCGAUUAUCAGAUCUAUAACAUUCUGUUCACUCUAAACCAAGCGACAAGCAAGUCCAGCGAAAAAAUCAGCACAUCUCGAUUAUCAAAAGUCGAACAUGCCCUGAAACUGGUACCAACUUGGGCAAUCCCAGUUAUUGUAACCGCCGCCGAUGGUGUUCCGGUCAGGUCUCAAAAUCGAGAAGGCUCGUUCACAUAUACGGGUGUCAGCAUGCUAUUCAAGGACAUGGAUAAUGUCCCUGAUAUCUUCUCCUCUGACUUCUGCUACGAUCUUGAAGCUAUCAUUGAGUCACUUGUCGUUCCGGACGACGCUUUGCCCGAAGAUUACAGUGACCCAUGGCUUGCUUCUUGCAAUAUUUGCAACAAAGUUAAACCUAUCGGUACUGUUAUGGCAUCUCUUCCAUGUGGACAUUGGUUUCACACCCAGUGCAUUAUCAACUAUGCCGAAGAGCAUCAGAUAUGCUCCAUUUGCCAAGCGCCUACCAUCUUCGAGUGGGAAUAUUAA